AUGGCGCAUACGUUGAAGUGCAACAAUUGUAAUAUUGUGGUGAACGAGCUGUUGGCGUUUGUGAUAAAUAAGUUACAUGUUAUGGACGAUGAGAGCAUGAGCAGAAUUUGUUUGGCCUUCUUUACGGCUCAAGACAUAAGGACGGCUAAGGAUUUACUGUUUUUAUCCGUCCCGGUACGAAAAAGGAAGAUAAACCGAAGACGAGAGGGGCAUCAGCGCCGUGAUAUUGACGAUAUUAUUGACCUUGCGCGAGAGACAGAUCCUGACAAGUUUCCGGUUUUUGUGGCCAGGGACUUACACAAGCUACCGCCAAUAGACUUUGACUCUGUGGACUUAACUUCGCUUCUUAAAGAUAUGGUAGUGCUUAAAAAUGAACUGCAAACCAUAAAAGCGCGGUAUGUUACGGAGGAGCAGUUUCAAAAUCUGGAAAAGACUGCUAUGGAGUGCCGUAGGAUUUCCAACGAAAGUGAUCCAUUCUAUAGAAACGUCAGUCAUUCAAAUUUAAAUGUUAACGUUAGACGUGGUGCAUAUUUAAACAGCGGACCAAUGGGUUUACACAUGUCGAGCAGUAUAGAAAAUGCCGAUGAACAUAACAAGACUGUCCUGUCUCAAUCGAGCCCGUGUGGGACCGGUAUCUCGCCGUCCCACUCGCCGAAUCGGAAACCGGCCGAACAUACGAACAGCGUCAGCGCUGAUCAAGAAAACACAUCUGCGCAUGCGCUGAACCUGACGCCGCAGCCAUCACCGCCGCGCUCCUCACCCCCGCCGACCGCCGCCAUUGCAACUAAGCAGCCGCCGAGUAAACAAGUGUCGUGCACCGGUGAGCAAGUUGAGGCGAUGACAAUAAACCGGUUAUUUAGUGGCCCACUAUUAAUAGCAGAAAGUCAGGAGUUACCGAAUCCAGUGACCUUGGACCCUGUUAGGAGCUUUGCUGAUAUAGCGAAGGAGGGAGAAUGGAAGAAAGUGGUGAAGAAGUCAAAACCUGCGCCGAAGAAUCGGCGUGUAGGCAUGAUGGGCAAGGCCGAAACCAAGACAAACUUCAAAGCUGCCGAUCCGAAGGUUCCUAUUAUGAUUACGAACGUGCACAAGGAUACGUCAAAAGCAGACAUAAUAAACUACAUACGUGAGAAAACUAGUGACACAGUGACGCUAGAACAAAUAGUGAUGAAAAACAAAAGCAAUAAUUAUAACGCCUAUAAGUUUUACGUAUGUCAAGAAAAAAUUAGCAUGUUUUUAGAUGAGUCAUUGUGGCCUAGCGGCGUAAUAUUUCGCCGGUUUAUUACAUCUAAGUAUGUACUUGUAAAUACCGGCCGCGACACCGCGCCAAGCGUCGCGACCAGUGCUACGCCGGGUGCUACGAGUGCUACGACGACCAUAACGUAAACAAACAUAAUUUAAUUUAUGGGAUUAAGUGAAGUUACACUCUGUUCAUUUAAUUGUAGAAGCAUUAAGCGAUCCAUUGACGAUAUUAGAAUAUUAUGCAAUACGGCGGAUAUAAUAGCCAUUCAAGAGCACUGGCUUAUACCAAGUGACCUUGCAUAUUUAAACACCAUAAGCGACGAGUUUGCCUGCACCGGGACCUCAGCGGUGGACACGACAGCGGGAAUGUUGCGCGGCCGGCCGUACGGAGGCACUGCACUUCUGUGGCGUAAGAAGCUCUUUCCGUCUACGUCGGUUAUUCAGUGCGAUAACGUUAGGAUUAGUGCGAUCGAUAUAACGUUAGGUGACAAACACAUAAUAGUGUUUAGCGUUUACAUGCCGAAUAAUGCUAUCGAUAACUUGCCUGACUUCGUACAAUGUGUCAGUACAAUGGAUGCUAUAGUGAAAGAAAGUUGCGUGGAAACAGUUUACUUAUUAGGAGACUUCAAUGCGCAUCCAUACGAACUAUUUUGUGACGAGUUACUUAGUUUCUGUGCGGAACGGGACUGGAUCUGCGCUGAUAUCGUUAAACUGGGCAUAGACUCGAGCGCGCACACGUACUUAAGUGAAAUGCACGGAUCUAAGCGGUGGUUGGAUCAUUGCGUAACCACGUCAGCCGGGCUGGGCGCUAUUGUUGAUAUUUUCAUUAAUUACGAUGUCUUUUGUUCUGAUCAUUACCCUCUUGUAAUUAAAUGUAAUUUUAAUCUAGUUAAGCCUAAAGUGUAUACGAGUAAUAACUGUGCAAUAAUAUUUAAUGGGAAAUGUGUAACUUGGGGGGAAAGAACCUCUGAUGAAAUUGAAAAAUAUGAAAAUAAAUGUAGUGAACUUUUAAAACUUAUUGAUUUUCCUUCCGAAUUAAGGGAUUGCUGUGGUAGCUGCUGUUUAAAUAACUCUGACCAUUGUAAGAUAAUUGAUCAAAUGUAUUUAAAAUUAAUAUCAUCGUUAUGUUUGGCUUCUAUGCACAGCAAAGCUGCCACAGGUUCCGGAUGCCGAAAAAAGAUAGUCAUAGGGUGGAACAAACAUGUAAGCGAUGCGCACAGGGAGGCCAGGGCUAGAUUCCAGGACUGGGUUUCGUGUGGUAAGCCUAAUAGUGGGUCCGUUUUUGAUGCUAUGACUCUUAGUCGUAAAAUAUUUAAAACUAAACUGAGAUGGGUCCAAAAACAUCAAGACCAAAUAAAAAUGGACCUACUUGCCGCACACCACACGAAAAAUGAUUUUCGAAAUUUUUGGAAAAUGACGAAAAAGUUGGACACUAGGCCUGGACUUUCUGUAAGCGUGGACGGAGUUUCGGAUCCCAAGGGCAUUGCAAAUGUAUUUAAGGACCAUUUCAACGUUAAACCCGCUGCCUCGCCCGCUGACGGGCGGCGGCAGUUGCUCGAUGUUGGUGUAUCGGAGGGGAGUGACUUUCAGAUCCAUUUCAGUGCAGAUGACGUAAGUAAAAUAAUAAAAGAUAUGAAGAGAGGAAAGUCGCCCGGUCACGAUCAUUUAAGUAUCGAGCAUCUGCUGUUUGCUGGUCCUCACUUACCCCGCAUAUUGGCAAUGUUUUUUGACCUUUGUAUAAGUCACUCGUACCUGCCAUCUAAUUUGACCAAAACCAUUGUUGUGCCCAUUGUCAAAAAUAAAACGGGUGACAUAUCCGACAGAGCUAACUACAGGCCUAUAUCACUAGCAACAAUUGUGGCUAGGGUACUCGACGGCUUGCUCAAUGUGCAAUUGGACAAAUGUAUAAAAUUACAUGAUGCACAGUUCGGCUUUCGAGCCGGUUUAUCUACUGAAAGUGCCAUCAUUUGUUUAAAGCAAGCUGUCGAGUACUACACACGCAGAAAAACACCUGUUUAUGCGUGUUUUCUCGAUCUUUCCAAAGCCUUCGAUCUUGUUAAUUAUGAUCUACUUUGGAAUAAGCUAGACGAAGUGCAUUUCCCUAAGGAACUCACACGCAUAUUUAGGUGUUGGUAUGCUGGUCAACGGAAUUGUGUUCGCUGGGGUAGUGUGUUGUCGGACGAAUACGGUCUGGAGUGCGGGGUGAGGCAGGGGGGACUGACCUCGCCCAAACUUUUCAAUUUGUAUAUCGAUGCCUUGAUCGGCGAGCUCAGCAGUACACGUGUAGGCUGUCAUAUAGAUAGGGUAUGUUUCAAUAACAUAAGCUAUGCCGAUGACAUGGUACUGUUGAGUCCGUCGGUCGGUGGUCUGAGAUUGCUUAUUGAAAGGUGUGAGUCAUAUGCCCUAACGCAUAACCUUAAAUAUAAUGUAAGCAAGAGCGAAUAUAUGGUGUUCAAAGCGGGAAGCAAGUGCCCAUCACACGUCCCACCCAUUCGUUUGAAUGGCGUGGAACUGAAAAGGGUUUCCUCAUUUAAAUACCUUGGGCACUUGGUAACCGACGAUUUCCGUGAUGACGCCGAUAUUGAGAGGGAGCGGAGGGCCCUGGCCGUCAGGGCCAAUAUGAUAGCUCGCAGGUUCAGCCGGUGUACAGCGCAAGUUAAAGUAACAUUAUUUCGAGCGUUCUGUACAUCGCUGUACACCUGCAGCCUGUGGACUCGGUACACGCAAAGGGCUUUCAACGCCAUGCGCGUACAAUAUAAUGACGCGUUCAGGGUACUGUUGCGGCUGCCUCGGUACUGCAGUGCGUCGGGCAUGUUCGCGGAUGCUCAUGUGGACGGAUUCCACGCGACACUGCGCAAGCGCUGCGCCGCGACGCUCCGCAGGGUCCGCGACAGCCGCCACAGUCUCCUGACCGUCGUGGCUGACAGAUGGGACAGUGGCCUGAUAAGACACUGGUCCUCUCUGCAUUUAUCUUUAGCACCUAAGAUAGUUAUUUAAGUUUAUUUUUAAGUUAACCGUAGUUAUAAAUUUUAAUAUCAA